CACAUUGGAAUGCGGAUGUCUUCCGGUCCGGUCGGGGGGAGAUUCAGUCACAUCCGUCAUAUGUCUGAGCCUACAGUUCCUGCUGGUAAUGAUCUCUCGGUUUGAGUGAGGCCUGUUUGAGAUGGAGGAAGCUCGACAGGAGAAGUCUCUGAAUCGAGCUUUUGUAAGAAAUGACAAGGAGUCCUGAAUUCUUGAAGCAGAGCAUGCAGACGGGCUUACAAGGGUAGCUGCAGAUCCCUGAGCUGGUGAGAUGGAGGAAGCGUACAGCGAACUGUACCAGGAGUUUCUUCGCCUGAGGUCACUUUGCCUGAGACAAGCGGCUCUGUUGCAUCAACUCACAACAGCUCUGCAGAAACAGCAAGGUGCCACUGUUCCUAAUGGAGAUCUGGGCGAUAUGAUGUCCAUCCCUAUCCAGUGUACACACGAGAUCCCUGUGUAUGUCCAUGUAAAGCCUCAACCACUAACAGCCGCAGCACACAACCCUGACGCACAGUGUGGCGUCCAUCACCUCUCCAGAAACGUGGGGACUUUCUCUGAUCUCCUUGCUGAAGAUAUGUCCAAGCUUUGCGUGGAUUUGCCUCUUCAGAGAAAGGAGGAAGGGAAGUUGGAACAGAAGGUCGCACCCCUGUUAACCCUGGACUGCUCGAAGUGGCAAGGCGCCUCCUCCAGUGGAUCAAAACAUCCAGGGCAAGCAGAUCAUCCUGGUAGAGACAGGACUCUGCACACAGCGAGGAUGCCUGUGUCUGGCAGUUCCCCCUUGGUCGGUGGCUUCAUGAGUCAGUCUGGCGGGAUGCUGAUGUCAGACGUGGUGCUGCAGUCUCACGUUUGCGACUUCUGCCAGGCCGUUUUCCCCAGUGACACAACCACCAGAGGGGAGUUCCUUCGGCAUCUCCACACGCACAUCACCUAAGGAAAGCUGAUCCUGCUUUUCCUCCUAACAUAUGAGUCAUGUGUUCGUAUGCUGUGGUGGAGAAGGUAAAACUCAGUUAACCUGAUCUCUGGAAACAACAUUGAAAUGGAUCUGUUCUUAAUAUAGUUAGCUGUUAGCCUAUGGAUGAACUGUGCACAUGCUGAUGCUUUUUCUGAGAUGUACAAUGAACGAUGGAAAUAGUCUUCCUGUGCUUCCAUUGUAUGUGCAAUUAUGGAAAUAUUGCAUCUCACUUUGUUGUUGUUGGUAACCUGUUGGUUGAAAUGGGUUCAGUUGUCACUAACCAGUCAAUAUUGCACCUGUGUAUACCUGUAACUUUAGCAUUUGUAUUCUUAGUGCAGAGUAUGAUAGUGGGGGGUCUUGGUUGAUCCCUGUUUUAUCCUGUUUGCUUUAGUUAUCGCAUCCUUUGAAUGAUCUUCUCAAACUCAGAUUAAGCACAAUCGUUAAUUAAUUUAACUACAAACUACAGUUCAUUCAAACAUGAAUCAAAUUAGAUUAAAUUCAAUUAUUUUUUUCCAAACUAUACCAUUAUUGUUUGACCCUGAAGAAGACGCAGUGUGAAAGUCAUUUGCACCUGAUCAUUAAAUUGCUAAAGUGA